UUCAGAAAGAGAGAUCCAAUUGCAGUUCAUGGAAAGGAUCAGGUACUUUCAGAAUGAGAACAUAGACCGUGAUCGAGACUUAGUUGAACUAUUUUCGAAUUAAUUUGGUUUGAAUGGAUUUUCUUUGCACAAUCGCAUGUCCACAACCGCGUGAAUUGGCCUGCCUUGAGUCUGGAAUCACUCAAUCUGUAGGAUAGGUUCAAAUUACAAUAAUCUAAGCGAGGUUACAAAAGAAACUAAACUGCCUCAGAGAGGUGAUCUGGUGCUCCUCCUUUCAACAUACAAGUCGAUGGAUCGGAUUGAGUUGGAAGAUGCAGAUCCUACAAAUGACCGCAUGAAAGUUGUGAGUUAAGCAGAGACAGUUUGGAAAGCCUGGGAGCGGUUGGUACUUUUGCAGUUCAGUUAACUACCACUAAACAGCAGGGCACCAGUUCCUGCCCUAUUUUCAGUUUAUCCACGGAGAUCUAGCUACAAGUUCCGCAUCGCAUGGAAUUCCCAAUCCAGACAUCAUACCUCCCAGUUAUUCAUUUUUUCUUUUUUCUUUUUGCUGUGCGCGCAUUCAGAGAUCGGUGCACGCCACAAAGCGAUCAAACGUGAAGGGUCUUCAUAAUUUCAACAAAUAUUAGAAACCCAUGCGUCACGCUUCAAACUUCUAGCCACUCACAAUGAAGCAGCGCUUGAUGUAACGCGACAUCUCGAGAGCUGCUGCCAUUGUCAGUGCAAGUGCUACAUGUUUCUCUGCGAACGAGUGAGGAUGCGAUGCAACAGAUAGAUUGGACCUGCAAUAACGUUAAGAGGAACUAGAUCUUUAGUGUCGCAAAUCUGCGUAUACAUCAUGUUGAAGUACUAAUGCAGGUGACGAGGGAUCAGGGGAGUAAGAAGUUUUUAUUUUUAUUUUUAUUUAUUUUUUUGAGCAAGGAUUUUCACGUAAAUGGAUUCAGAAACUUCCUGACUCAAGAGAGGGCGAAAAUCGAUGCGAGUGGUGAGGAUAGGGUAUGAAUGGGAGAGGGAGCCGUCUGCAUCAGACCUAACGGUGGAAGAAAAACGCUCAAUCAACUGCAGUAUGCGAGAUUCCCUGUAAGAACAGCGGAUGGAGGAGAACGGGACCUGCGAGGCCUCAGAUCCUAUACAGCAAGAUGUUUGUGGCCCAGUGAAUGGAACUCAGCUACAGCUGCACAAUCUCGGAUGUGUGGGUACCGUCGACUCUGGCCUAAACGGAAGGUGUGGAGGUAACAAGAAACGAAGUCGGAGUGCGCCAUGGACGGUCACAGAAAUGCUGACACUGAUCGAAGCGAAGAAAGAAGAACGGGAGCGUUGCCAGGAAUACAAGAGCCAAGGAGUAAAGCUGCCAGCAGCUGAGAAAUGGCGAAUUGUGGCGAUGCACAUGGAGACCAAGGAGAUGGAACGGAGCGGCAGCCAGUGCCAAGACAAGUGGGAAAACAUGAUGAAGGAUUACAAAGCUGUGCGUGAGUGGCAGUACGUUAGCGGCGGUGGUGCAAAAGAUUACUUCAAAGACAUGACCAACAAGGAGCGCAAGGAUGCCAGCCUGCCGCCGCAGAUGGACGAGAUUGUUUUCUACAGUCUUCACGCCAUCCAGAAUGAGAAAGAGGAAAAAAAGGACAGAGUAAGAUGGAAAGAUCGAGAAUUCAAAACUCCCGUAUCCAGUUCCACCCCUAACUUGUUAACCAAGGACAAUUUCGGGAGCAGUGAGGGCAAUGAUAUGGAAUCCAUGGAUACCGAUUCGAAUGGGAAGAGAAGGGGGAAGAAGAUGCAUCACGAACGGCAGCAGCAGCAGCAGCAGACGAGAGCCAGCUUAGACAAUCCUGUCGUCUUAAACGAUUUUGUGCAUGCGAUGAAAGACGGGUCUAAGGAGAUUAUCGAUUGCUUGAUGAAGGUGAUGGACAGGAGUGACAGGCGCCAAGAGGCGGUGGAGAUGGAGAAUCCAAAGCCCAAGGAUACCGCGAUCUUGGCUCGAGUGCUUGUUGCACUUGCCGAUGCCGUGAAAACAGUCGCUCAGAAGCUCUGAAACCCUAAUUUCCCACCCUGGGGUGCAACCUCCCCAACGUACUUUUUAGCUUUAAAUUGAGGCAUGUUAAAGCCGAUUUUGACACCCUCUAAGCUUAAAUAACAUCACUUAAAAUUCAAAUCUAUCAACAAUGAUACAUGCAAUUAUGCGUCACAUAGAACUCCAAUUCCUUUAAAUACGUUGUUGGGCUAUAACGUAUUUUCAUGAAAUUCAACUCCGAAUCUUUCACAAGUGAAAACUCGUUUAUUGCUAAAAUUGGUUGUUCUUAUCUUUGUAAUCAAUGAUUUCAUAACUGGAAUAUUAUGAAAUACACAAAAACUUGCAUAGGAA